AUGCUAUAUCUGAACGUCCUCAUCCGUUGUUCGGACCAUUGCUACGCUAACGAUGCCAUCUUUGCCUGUAUUAGGCAAUUAAACUUCCUAACAGGUGCAAAUCAUCUUCGAGCAACAGCGUAUCAUCUAGCGGCAAAUGGAAUGGUCAAGAAAUUUUACCGUCAACUUGAAAUAGCUGUCACAUGCCAUCAAAACUCACGAUGGAGCGAAAUACUUCCUACAGUGAUGAUUGGAAAACGUUCAACAUCGAUGAAAGACUUUCAAGAAAAGUUAGUAGAAUUGCUGUAUACUUUUAAGGCAACGUACUCGGAAGUUACUCCCCUGUCAGAGGUUCCAGACACGAAGGUAAGACAAAGUUCGUUUUGCAAACAUCUUAAGACAACGGAUCAGGUGUUGGUUCGUCAUGACGGAACAAAACAGCCGGACAAGAAAAAUGUUGUCAUCAACAUCUAUGGUCGUAACGUCACAGUUUCUAUAAGAAGACUAAAACCGGCAUACUACAUGACAACCAAUGAUACAAGUGACCAUAACAAUGAGAACGAGGAUCCAGAGUACAUUAUUCUCGAGAGAAGACAGCCAGUUUAUUCCGUUCAACAGCCAGUUUGUUCCAUUCAACAACGAGUUGUUUCUGCUUAA